AUGGAGAACAACCCCUACGACAUCGCAUUGCAGCUUGAGGCAGCCGCUGCCCAACUCCGCGCCAUCGGCACCCUCCCAGAGACUCAACGCGAUGGACCCAUCAAGCAAGCUAUGAAAUAUAUGCUGGGGCAAGUCUGCGAUGUCUGCGAAAAGGUACGACAAUUGAAUCACAACUACGUCGCUCUCAACAAACAGGUUCAGGCACAUACAUACAAACUUUCUGAGAUGAGAAUGGGUCAUAUGCGCGACGUCAAGACGAAUGAGCCUAUCGCCGACUUUCCAUUACGAGCAAAAGACUUCCGCAACCUGGAUUCCUUUGAGUGUGAACGUAUCGCAAACGCGUUGGGAAGGGUGGAGAAUUUAGGCGAAAUUGGAGAGAGGCAGCAAACAGUCAUCCAUUUGGUCGGACUCGAUACUGCCGCCGUUUACCACUGGGUGUAG